UUUAAAUCAAGUGGUUUUGCUACAAACUAAAGACAAAUUAUUCCAAGCACUAGUGAAAUUGUAGUACGCGAGUGCGCUACCAUUGAUUCUCAUAUUUUAUUAACUUAAAUAAAUCCUUCUAUUAGUAGCUUUUUAAUUUAAUAUUCUUAUGGCAGCUAAAGAUCAAAAAUCAGGUCUCGCUUUUAUUGAUCUGAAAUCUAAUGAUCCAGUUAAUCUAUACGAAAACUGGCACCAAGAGGCGAUGAAGUACAUUAAAAAAUCAACAAGCAUCACUUGUCUUGCAACUGUCUCUGGCGAAACUCCACGAGCGCGACAUGUGUUGUUGAGGGGAUACGGCAAAGAUGGCUUUGAAUUUUUCACCGACAGCAGAGGAAGAAAAUCUCAGGAACUUAGGGAAAACAACCAGGCCGCGAUGUGCAUUUGCUGGAUUUACGAGAACGAUAAAAGUGAGCGCGUUUCGAGGCAGGUAAGGCUGGAAGGUCGAGUAGAAUUACUACCGCGGGAGAGAGUUAAAGAAGUUUAUGAGUUAGAGCCGCUUUACUGUAAAAUUCGCGCUCAUUUGUGUCAUCAGGAUGCUAAGGUGGAUUGGACCGAGAUGAAGGAACGUCACGAUGAAUUAUUACGUCAAGUUGAAUCAGUCCCCGAGAGUUUAGUCAUGCCUGAACAUUUUAUCGGUUACAAGCUAAUUCCUACAUGGUUCGACUUUUAUUUCUCGAAAGAUGAUUUCAUUGCUGAUCGGAUGGAAUUCACCAAUGAAAAUGGAGUUUGGACGAACAUGAGAAUCGCCGCAUGAUUUCAUUAUUAUUUUUAAAUAUAAAAUUGGUUUAUUUUUAAAUAAAUCUGUGGAUAAAUUUU